CCUUCGAGCCCCGCAGUGCACCCAGGCAACCUUCCAUGACAUCACCUUAAGCUCCUGCCAGCCCCAGUGCCAGCUGCCAUAGAAACACACCCAGGAAGCAUGCAGCCCGCCGACACAAAGCUGGGCAGGAGCUGCCUGAUGACUGCCCUGCGGCGGUACAGCGCGGCCGUGCGCGACAUGGAGCAGACCGUCCUGCUGCCCAGCCUGCUGCGCGAGGUCGCUGCUGCCGAUGACGCCGACCAGGCCCAGGAGGGAGGCGGCAAAGACCUGUACGAGCACUACCUCAUGCUGAAGGCCCUGAGGAACACGGCCGAGUCCGGCCUGGUUGUCUCCGACGACAGCAAGGACCUGGGCCACCACCACCAGUCCCUCAGCACGACCCUGGAGCCCCUGCUGGAGUCCGACCCCGAGGUCCUCUUCCACUUCCACAUGCACGGAAUCUUCUCCAUCAUGAACAGCCUGGCCAACAAGUCGCAGAGCGUCACCUCAAAGUAUCUGGAGAUCAUAGGCGUCACCAACUAGGAGGGCCGGACCGGAGAAGCUGUCCAGACCACCGGACAGGCAUAGCACGAUGGCUUGGGAACCGGGCUUGUAACCGAGAGGUUGCAGGUUUGGUCAUCAGAUGAAGUGAUGCCACUGUACACUUGAGGAAGGUAGUUUAACCUGAAUUGCUUCAGUAAAUAUACAGCUGUAUAAAUCAAGUUAAUGUAUAAAUAUAAGCUGUGUAAAGGUGUUCUGCAUAACAACGUCUGCUAAAUACCUAUAGACCAAUGAGAAACACAAAAAACAAAAACAAAACAAAAAAAGCAACACCAACAAAAUACAUUAGUGUCUCUUUGAGUCAUACACCUUUGCUGAAUGGGACAUUGUGUAUAGACUUGUGUACAGCAUUCACUUAUCAAAAAACAAAAAACAAACUGCUGUGUGUUGGAUUAAAGGUGCUUUGUUGAAACUUA